CCCAUUAGUAUCAUCAUUACUAUUAUCAUCAUCAUUAUUAUUAUAUCAUCAUCAUCAUCACUAGAAUGUUUGUGGAGCGCCUACUCUGUGCCAAGCGCGGCUCAGAGCGCCGAGGUUGGGGCACGUUCAUCAGAGCGUGAUGACCGGCCCGAACAGAGCCAUCGAACUGCAGCUGCAGAUGAAGCAAAAUGCCGAGGAGCUGCAGGACUUUGUGAGGGAAUUAGAAAGCUGGGAAAAAGACAUUAAGCGAAUGGAUUCGGAUCUGAGGAGGCAGAACGGUGAUCCCGAAGAGACCUUACCUCCUGUGAGAAAUGAGAAUUUAACGAAAAAGAAGAAAAAUAAAACUAAAGGAACGUCUAAAAAAACCACGGAGGAAAACAAAAAAAAUAAGAUAAAAUCGUGUGAUUAUGAAGAAUGGGAAAAACUGGAUGUGGACACCAUACUCGAAGAACUCGAUAAAGAGAGCGCUUCAGAUUCAGAAGAAGAUGGUAUUCAUAUAGAUCCAGAAAAGGCUCUCGUAGAGAAAGAAAAGGGAAACACAUUCUUUAAACAAGGAAAAUAUGAUGAUGCAAUUGAAUGUUACACAAGGGGAAUGGCUGCUGAUCCAUAUAAUCCAGUUUUGCCAACAAACAGAGCGUCUGCAUUCUUUCGAAUGAAAAAGUAUGCUGUUGCCGAAUCCGACUGUAACUUAGCAAUUGCGUUGAAUAGGAAUUACACAAAGGCCUAUGUCAGGAGAGGAGCUGCUCGCUUUGCGCUGCAAAAGUUCGACGACGCCAAAGAAGAUUACGAGAAGGUCUUAGAACUAGAUCCAAACAAUUUUGAAGCCAAAAAUGAAUUGAAGAAAAUUAAUCAGGCUCUGACUUCUCAAGGAGAUUUUAAUACAAAGGAAACCAAUGUAGCGACUGGCCCAGACGACGAAGAGAAAAAACACAUCGAGGAACGACGACGCAAGCAGGAGGCUAUUUCAGAAAAAGACUUGGGUAAUGGCUAUUUCAAAGAGGGGAAAUUCGAAAGAGCAAUCGAAUGCUACACCCGAGGAAUAGCAGCAGAUGGCACCAAUGCUCUGCUUCCCGCUAACAGAGCCAUGGCGUAUCUAAAAAUUCAAAAGUACGAAGAAGCAGAGGAUGACUGCACCCAGGCCAUUCUGUUGGACGGCUCUUAUUCGAAAGCUUACGCCAGAAGAGCGACUGCCAGAACUGCCCUGGGAAAGCUCAGUGAAGCCAAAGAGGAUUUUGAGACAGUUCUGAACCUGGAUCCUGGAAACAAGCAAGCAGUAAACGAAUUGUCCAAAAUUAACAGAGAAUUAAUUGAAAAGGGGCUAGGGAAUAAAAGCGGUUCUGAAUCAUCCAAAAAGCGAAUUUUAAUAAGCCCAAUUGACAAACCACCGCACCUUAGGUCAACUAAGCCUCUUAAAACGCUUGCCAUUGAAGAAAUUGGUAGUCGGGUGCAAAAUGCUGAUUUGCCACAGACUACCACCAGCAGCUCCACCUUGGAGAGCGAGCUCGUAAAUCCCCCAGUUCUGCUACCGAGCUCGACCACUGCGAAGACAAACAAGCCGAUCCAAGAAGCCGACCCUGGAAGCGACACACCAAAAGCAAAAGUAUUAAAAAUAGAAGAAAUCGGUGGUGCCCCAGCCUUGCGACCCCAUUCCAAGGUGAAAGAUAACGUACCAACUGUGUGUCAGUCUUUGCAUCGGAAAAACGCAAAGGAAGCUGAGAAGAUCCCAGACCCGUUUGCUGCGGGUGUUCUCCCAGCAAUUCCGGCCAACACCUUCCAACUUGAAUCUGAUUUCAGAAAAUUGAAAGGUUCCCCAAAUAUGUUGUACCUCUACCUGAAGCAAAUUGAGCCUUCUCUCUAUCCCAAGUUGUUCCAAAGGUCCUUAGAUCCAGAUGUGUUCAACCAGAUUUUGACAAUUCUGCAUGACUUUUACAUUGAGAAAGAAAGUCCAUCUCUUAUCCUUGAAAUAUUACAACGGUUGUCGGAACUGAAGAGGUUUGAUAUGGCAGUAAUGUUCAUGUCGGAGGCUGAAAAGAAAAUUGCACGUGUCUUGUUGAAUCAUAUGGACAAGUCAGGACUGAAGGAUAAUUCUGUUGAAGAGAUCAAGAGAAAAUACGGUUGUUAAUUUGGCUUUUUAGUAGCGCGCACAGCCUGUAUUUUUGUACGCAAGCUCGUGUUUUCCACCGAAGACUAUAAUAAAGGAUAUCGAGUUCUGCUCUUGAGGUGCCCCAAGUCGUAUGCCAAAAAUGGAAAAUCUUUCAGUGUUAAUGCAUUGAAUAGAGUAGUGAUUUGCACUAGCAGUGUGUAUAAAGGUAAUGUUUGCUAUUUAUAAUUUUUGUGAGAAGGAAAUAAAUAACUUGCAGAUACGUUUCA